AUGGUGCCCACAUCUUCAGCCUUUGACCUAGAUAUUAGCUCGACCCUCCACACUCAGGAGAUGGAACAUACAUCUUCAGCCUUUGACCUCAGCAUUAGCUCGACCCUCCACACUCAGGAGAUGGUACCUACAUCUUCAGCCUUUGACAUCAUCAUUAGCUCGACCCUCCACACUCAGGAGAUGGUAUAUACAUCUUCAGCCUUUGACCUCAUUAUAAGCCCGACCCUCCACACUCAGGAGAUUGUACCUACAUCUUCAGUCUUUGACAUCAUCAUUAGCUCGCCCCUCCACACUCAGGAGAUGGUACAUACAUCUUCAGCCUUUGACCUCAUCAUUAGCUCGACCCUCCACACUCAGGAGAUUGUACCUACAUAUUCAGCCUUUGACAUCAUCAUUAGCUCGACCCUCCAUACUCAGGAGAUUGUACCUACAUCUUCAGCCUUUGACAUCAUCAUUAGCUCGACCCUCCACACUCAGGAGCUGGUACCUAAAUCUUCAGCCUUUGACAUCAUCAUUAGCUCGACCCUCCACACUCAGGAGAUUGUACCUACAUCUUCAGUCUUUGACAUCAUCAUUAGCUCGACCCUCCACACUCCGGAGAUGGUAUAUACAUCUUCAGCCUUUGACCUCAUUAUAAGCCCGGCCCUCCACACUCAGGAGAUGGUACCUACAUCUUCAGCCUUUGACCUCAUCAUUAGCUCGACCCUCCACACUCAGGAGAUUGUACCUACAUCUUCAGUCUUUGACAUCAUCAUUAGCUCGCCCCUCCACACUCAGGAGAUGGUACCUACAUCUUCAGCCUUUGACAUCAUCAUUAGCUCGACCCUCCACACUCUUGGACUCUUCUGCAAUAAGAAGUAA